AAAUUGCAACCUAAUCACAUGCUUGGCGAACAUUAUUAUUUUCAGUUAUUACUUAUUUUUAACUAGCACGAUUUCCGGUACCAUAUUCACAUUUAAAAACGUUGCCACAUUCAACAUUUAAUUUGUGACUUGUUGCUUUUAGCUCCGCUUCCAUUCUUGCUUCGCAAGCUUUAAAAGUCUCCCUCUGUUUUCUCAAUUCUUACUCUCUUCUCUUUUUGAUCUCCAAUGGCCGCCAACAGAUGGUUGAAGCCUGAGGUAUACCCUCUCUUUGCCUCAGUUGGUGUGGCCGUUGGAAUUUGCGCUAUGCAACUUGUUAGGAACAUAACAACCAACCCUGAAGUCAGGGUACUAAAAGAGAAAAGAAGUGCAGGAAUUCUUGAGAAUUUUGAAGAGGGUGAGAAGUAUUCACAGCACACCGUUAGGAAGUUCGUCCGCAACAAGACGCCCCAGAUCAUGCCAUCUAUUAACAAAUUCUUCUCCGAUCCAAACUAAAAUAAUUGGCUCUAGUUUUUCAACAAAGAAGAACAAAAGAAAAGAUUCUUAACAAAUUUUUUUUCAUUUUUGGCUUUUAAUUUCCAGUGCUGUGGAUUAUUGAGAAGUAGGACACAAGGAAUUUUAUUUUAAUACGAAGCAUAUCUAUUUAUAUAAUGUACUAGUGCGGAGCAACUUGUGCUAUGCAUAGGUAUAAUGUUUCCUGUUUCAUUUUAUCUCAUUGAUUUGUGAAAUAAAAAAAAAUUAUAUAAUCUAUCUUAAACAUAUAAAA